AUGAAUAAAAAUAAACUGAUUCAUGAUUUCCUGGAAGUAGUUUCAAGAGGUGAUGUGGAACUCAUCUGUGACCAUAUUACUGAAGUCCAUUCCAUCCUUGGAAACCUUGACUUUCAGCAUCCAGAGACUGGGAAUACACCUCUCAUUACUGCAGCAGAAGAAAACUUAUCAGAGGUUGUUGGGUUUCUUCUGGAAAAGGGAGCAGAUAUCACCCUUUGCAAUUACAACAAUCAAACCGCUGUCCAUGUGGCUCAUUGUAAUGUCCAAAGAAAACUCCUGGCCACCAGUGCAAUCCAGACUCCCCAAAUGCAGCUUCUACGAAGUUCAUGGCAAGGUCAUCUUGAACAGCUUCAACACUUGUUGGCAUCUGAAGAAUUCCUGGACAUAAAUUUCCCAAACCGACAUGGCUUGACCGCUCUAAUGCUGGCUGUGAGAGAUGUGGACCUGUUUGAGAGCCUUGAAAUGCUGUCGGCCUACAGACCCAUAGAGGUCCUGUCUGCGCUUCUCAAGCAUGGCGCAGACCCUAAACUCUGUGAUUUUAGUGGAAAAUCAGCAAUACAUUAUGUAUCACAAAUAAAGAGCUUAAAGAAACAGCAGUUAUUGGACAUUAUAAUGAAUUCUAUGCCAAAACCAGAAAGACAUGCUGAAUCAUUGCUUGACAUUGGUCAUGAUACAUACUCUUCUCCAACGGAUAUGACAGUUACUAAGAAACAGAAUAUGCUUUUGCAAAGCAUCAGCAGCAGUGAGGAGUUCGACCAAGAUGAUGACUGCAGUCAUUCCAUAUUAGUUACUGAAGGAGGAGGUCCAGGUGGUGACGGGCCAGAUUGGCAGCCCAGCACAGAAGGUGUAGAGAAUGUUGUUACAUUUCCAAGAGAUGGACAUCAUCCCCGGAAAAUGAGCCAAGAAGAUAUAAAAGAAAACAAUCAGGUAACACCAGUGCAUCAAGACUGGGCACAAGCACAUUCUGUUCCUCUUCCCAAUGACAUUGAAUUGGUGGACUUGGGGACAAAGGUGCCGACCACACAGCCUUCGCUCCUGAGGAAAGAGGAAAGCACCAAGGAGAACUACGAUGAGAACUUGGGCUCCUUGUUGCCAAGAGCUCACUUAGAACCCAGCAUCUCCAAGUCUAUAGCCAGGGAAGAAGUUCCUCAUUUUCUGGAAGGCCAGCAAAGAAAAUCUGAAGAGUUUUCUACCUCUGAUGUGAAGUGCAGCAGCCGAAGAAUUGAGUUUCCUCUACCACCAUUGUCACUCUUGCCCAUGAAACCUGGUCUUUUCACUAUCCCCCAAAGUCACAAGGAUGAAAAAGAGAGAGGAAGAAAUACUCCAAGUCUUGUAUCUAAGCUCUCAGAGCCUGUUAGUCGAUCUGAUGAGUUUAGACCAUCAAACAAGCAACCAGAAGCAUCAUUGAAGGUAUUUGUAUAUCAGACUCUCAGGUCCUCUGACAGCUCUGUCUGGUCCAGAAACAUGUGCUCUUUCCGGAAGGCUAACCAUCACAGACAGAACCUGGAGAUGGAGGAGAAUAGAGCAUCUAAGGAAACAGAAGGCUGUGACAAAAUGCAAAUCUCUCACCUUGAACAAAGGCAGUCUUGGGUGUCCUCUGAGAGUUUUAAGGAAGGCAAUUUUCCUGCGGAUAGAGAAGUGGAUACUGACCACCUUGGUAGUGAAAUGAGAAAGUCAGAAGAAGAAAACUUUCAAUAUCUCUCAUCAGGAAAGGUAGAGGGUUCUGUAGCCAGAAACUAUGAACGAAAUUCAGACAUUGGGUGUACCAUGCCAAUCAAGUUCCAAGAAGCUCAGCAUUCAGAAAUAACCCUAAGAAUGGAUAAAGAGACUGGAAAUGAUAAAGAUGAUUCAAAAAGUGCUUCAGUGCUUAAAGGUGAAGUAAUUGAGCCAAAUCAGAUUUUAGAAGACUUUACUCUCCUUAAAAGUUUGUCCAGUGUAAUUCCUGAUGAUCCCAUUGAAAGGCUCCCAGGUCAUAACAAGAUGGAGGCAAACAUAAAAACAUCAGCAGCAGAGGCAACCAAACCAGAACUGAAUGGGAUAGUGCCCCUUAUCCACAUCACUUUCCCUGGAGAUGAGAUUCCCAAGCAACCAACAAUAGCCAAACCAAGCCUCCAAAAGAGAAAGGGCACCCUUCACAACAACAGUAGGUUCAACAUACUUGCACACCAAGAAAAUGACAGGCAAAGGAUGAAAACCCUUAGAAAUAAGUCAGAUUUGAAAACCAAGACCAGUAACAGGACACUGCAGAAUUUCAUGAUUUCCAUUGAAGGUUCCAUUAAGCCUACCACAAAUAAAACCAGCAUAAAAACUCAAGUUUUCCCUUCUUUGGGGCUGAUUGACCCCAGACCUCAGCAAUCGCCCAAGUUCCAAAGGAGAAUGCCACAGAUAGAAAAGAAGCAAGCAACUUACCAAACUCUGAAACCUAAAAAGCAACCAUUUCCCUGCAUCUGUAAAAAUCCAGGAAUAAAAAAGUCUUCAGUUCCUCUCCUUGUUCAACCAACAGAACCAAGACUAAAUUACCUAGAUCUUAACUAUAGUGAUAUGUUCAAAGAAAUCAACUCAACUGCUAAUGGACCUGGAAUCUAUGAAAUGUUUGGGACCCCUGUUUAUUGUCACAUGAGAGAGACUGAACGGCAUGAAAGCAACUGUUACCGAGAGAUAUGCUCAGCUCCAUCAGUCAGAUGUACCACCAGUAAAUGUCUAUCUUCACACAAUGAGAGGAACCGCAGUAGCAGAACAAGACUUUCUCAGAAAAGACCACAUGUUAAACCCCCCAAGACUUUACUUGGAAUUAAACACAAGCACAAAAGUUUAAUUUCCAAAGAAAAAGGUUGCAAGACUGUGGGUAGCAACCUACAAGACAUUGAAAAUGGUGGUGUUUCAGAACCAGAGUGUCAGAUGAAGUCUUCAGGAAGAGACUUUCUGCCUUCCAAAAAUGAAGCUCAGCUCAGGAACUUCACUCAGACUCAUGAGCAGUCCAUUAAACAGAACCAGUUCCUUCCUGUCUCAGAUUUGUCCAUUGUUAAGGAAGCCUCUAUGGAAGAGUCUGCUGAUGAAGAAGACAUUUCUAGCAACCAAAUACUCACCACAAGCCUCAGAGAUCUGCAUGAACUGGAAGAGCAACAUCACCAGACCCCAUUUUUCCUUUCAGAAAGCAGCAGGGCAGUGCCCAGUGAGAAGAGUUUCAACAAGCAUAUACUGCAAGAAAGGCAGACUACAGCAUCUCUUGGUGAAAUAGAUGCCAACCAAAUUUUAAUGGAUGAUGUAGAGUUUGAUAGCUUGAUAGAUAAGUCUAAAACACUUGUGAAUUUUUCUUUCCAAGAGAAACAAGCCAGUCAACAUUGGGCACAUUCUUUGGAGCACGAUAGUUUAGCUGAUAAGUCAGUUUCAUAUCAAACAUUUGAAAAAACUUUAAGUGAUGCAAAUUCAGUUUCCCAAGAUCUUCUAGACUCUAUAAAGAAUGAAGAAUUGACAGAUGAACUGUUAGGUUGUCUGGCUGCAGAACUAUUAGCUCUUGAUGAGAAGGAUAACUCUUGCCAGAUAAUAGCAAAUGACACAGAUCCUGAAAACCUAAAUCUUGUCUUCAGUAAGAGAGGAAAUGCCACACGAGAAUUGGGUGGAGAGACAACGAAUGCCAAAAUACAGAGACAUAAUAAUGGGUUCAAAAUAUAUGAUGAGAAAUUUCUCAAUGAAAAGAUCUUUUCUGAAAAUAGUUUAAUGUAUGAAGAACCUAUCCUGUGGACCAGGGGUGAGAUCCUUGGGAAGGGCGCCUACGGCACAGUGUAUUGUGGUCUAACUAGCCAAGGACAGCUAAUAGCUGUAAAACAGGUGGUUUUGGAUACUUCUGAUAAAUUAGCUACUGAAAAAGAAUACCGGAAACUGCAGGAAGAAGUAGACUUGCUCAAAGCACUGAAACAUGUCAACAUCGUAGCCUAUCUGGGCACAUGCUUAGAAGAGAACAUUGUAAGCAUUUUCAUGGAGUUCGUCCCUGGUGGCUCAAUCUCUAGUAUUAUAAACCGUUUUGGGCCAUUGCCUGAGAUGGUAUUCUGUAAAUAUACAAAACAAAUUCUGCAAGGUGUUGCUUAUCUCCAUGAGAACUGUGUGGUGCAUCGAGAUAUCAAAGGCAAUAAUGUUAUGCUCAUGCCUACUGGAAUAAUAAAGUUGAUUGACUUUGGCUGUGCCAGACGUUUGGCCUGGGCUGGCUUAAGUGGCACCCACAGUGACAUGCUGAAGUCCAUGCAUGGGACUCCAUAUUGGAUGGCCCCAGAAGUCAUCAAUGAGUCUGGCUAUGGGAGGAAGUCGGAUAUCUGGAGCAUCGGCUGCACUGUGUUUGAGAUGGCCACAGGGAAGCCGCCACUGGCGUCCAUGGGCAGGAUGGCAGCCAUGUUCUACAUCGGAGCACACAGAGGGCUGAUGCCUCCCCUACCUGAACACUUCUCAGAAAGUGCGGCUGACUUUGUGCGUGUCUGCCUAACCAGGGACCAGCAUGAGCGACCUUCUGCUGUUCAGCUUCUGAAGCACUCUUUCUUGAAGAGAAGUCACUGA